GACUAGUCGUAGUCUUUUGAUGCUCCUUAAUUUAUGAAAAAUGAAAAUUUAAUUUCGGUUUUUUAAUUUUCUACGGUCAUUAGUGGCUGUCUCGGCAAUCAAUCGAUUUUCGCAGCUGUUGAUACAAUUUUUUUUAUAUUUACUAAUUAAUGGCAACAGCAAGAACGAAAUAUUUGCGAUUUGUUAGAUUUUCAUGUAUUUGAUGUCGAAAAUGUGAUUAUGAUGCAAUAGGGAAUUGAUAUUUUUCUCUGACAAAAGUGGACAAAGUUUGAAGGAACCACUAUAGGUCACCGCUCUUGCGCCAUGGCUCCAUGCGUAUUGCGUAGCUGCAUUGGUGUGUCCCAGGCAAUCAGCUGGUCGAAGGCUGUGUUAUUAUUGAAAAGGGGUAUCAUGACUGCUUGCCGGUCACCCCCGAACUUUCGCAAAUGUCAUUCCUACGGCGUUCCAAAACUGAGUCCUCAAGAGGUCUCUCAGAUUUUGCGAGUCAAUGAAGGGAGUUUUGAGGUGAAUGCAUCCUCAAUAAGAGCCUUCGAUGCCAACCAGCUGCCUUCCAAUGUCCCAAUAGAGGAUCGCAUAUGUGUUGCUCGGUGUCGCUUCACAACAGGGAUGCUUUUUGGAGUGUUUGAUGGACAUGGUGGGCCAGAUGUUGCAGAAGUAGUCAGCCAAAGACUUUUUGACUACAUUGCAUUAACAUUAUUGCCAUUUUCCAUACUUAAAGAACUUGUCGAUUCAAACUCAGAUCUAUGUGGCAAAUUAACUGAAAUAUAUACAGAUAUAACUCUGCCUCCCAAGUUAUUACGAAUACAUAAUAAUAGUUUAAGGAGGUAUGCAAUUGAAAUAUUGGAGAGACAGGAUGAGACGGAUGACUUUCAAAUGCAUCAUGCAUUAUCUCAAGCAUUUUUAAAAUUAGAUACUGAUUUAUCUCAGGAAAUUAUAGAAAUCGCACCUUCCGAUCUAGAAUUGUUACCUCUUGCCAUCAUGGGUGCUUGUGCAUGUGUGGCGCAUGUUGACGGAUCUCAUCUUCACUUGGCAACAAGUGGGGAUUGCCGGGCUGUGCUUGGAAUUUUAUCUGAUGCCAAUAAAUGGGUUUGCAAACCUCUUGGUUAUGAACACAAUACAGACAAUGUUGAUGAAAUGCGAAGAAUACUAUCGGAGCAUCCCAAAUCAGAAUUGAAUACUGUGAUAAAGAAUGAACGAUUACUUGGACAAUUAGCACCUCUUAGGGCCUUUGGUGACUAUCCUUACAAAUGGAAAACUAGUCUACAGAAGAAAUUAUUACUGCCAGUUUUUGGUCAAGGUAUACUGCCUCCAAACUAUUAUACUCCUCCAUAUUUAACUGCCAGGCCUGAAGUAUUUCAUCACCAUCUCACUGCCAGGGAUCGGUUUCUAGUAAUUGCCUCGGAUGGUCUGUGGGAACAGAUGUUGCCACACAAAGUUGUAAAGUUUGUAGGCGAGCACACAACUGGAAAACAGACACUUGACUUAUUGAAACUACCCCGUAGACAUAUGAGAUUGGAAGAAAUAAAUGAAAUCCUUAUGCAAAGAGAGAUAGGGCUGUCAAAAAAACCAACUGAUACAAAUGCUUCAACUCAUUUGAUCAGGAAUGCCCUCGGCCGAACAGAAUAUGGUGUGGAACAUAGUCGGCUUUCUGCUAUGUUGACGUUGCCCGAUGAUAUGGUCAGAAAUUUUAGAGAUGAUAUAUCUGUUAUUGUUGUAUAUUUUGAUACAGAUUACCUUCGUCAGAGUCCAGCUGAAUGAUGAACUGUAGAAAUUUAAAUAAAUUAUAUUAUUAUAGAAAUGAAUAUUAGACUUAAAAAAAGGGCUUUCUCCUUGUGUUUGAAUUGUUUGAUAGAUUUAGAAUGACAGUUUUAUGUCUGAGAAAUUUGCAAUGUGUAGCAUCAUUAAUUAUUUAUUUAUUUCAUUAAUUUGCAUCAUAUUGACAAUCUAAUUCAACAUUUAUAUGAUUUUGGACAUGUCUGUUAAUAAUUUGUUUGCUGAUUGUUUUUAUUAGCAUCUGCCUUUGCAUAUAGUAAGCAAUUUUCAUUAGCAUUAUAAACACUGAAUUAUUACCAAAACAACUAAUCUCCUUUGUUAAUUUAUAUCUGUAAAAUUAAGAAGAUCUAUGAAAAGAUAUACUUAAUUCCAUUAAAAUAACUUAAUUAUUCAUUCUUAAAAACUUUUUAUCAGUGGUAAAUUAUCAAGAUUAUGAUAAUGAACCUAAAUUAAAAUUUUAUAUUAUAUUAUUAAUUUUUUAACAUUCUUGUUUAGUUUCUUAACACUUUAAGUAAUCAGAUAUUUCUGUCUGAUUGCAUUUAACUCUAACUAUUGACACUUGAUCUUUUGUGUAUGUGGGUCUGGUAAAUGCUGUGUGAAUUAGACAUUAUGAAAUGGUAUUGAAGCUUGGAAAAUGGAAUGCUGACUCAGAUACCUGUCUUUUAAUUUAAUUAUUUUUUUUAAUAAUUCUGUUACUUAUAACUCUUGUGUACCUUGUAAAUGGGCCUUAAAUUUUGUGGAUUAAGUAUCAGAACUAGAUUCUGUUGAUAUAAUCUUAGCUUGAAGUUUGAAACCUAAACUGAGAUCUAUUUCUCUAAAAUUCUGCAUUGCUUUUAACCUAAAGGAUAUUAAAUUUGAUGUUGUAUAUCAAAACAUGCUCAAACAGUGAUUUGUCAUUGUGGUUUGGAGAAUGAAGAGCGAAAUUAUUUAUUAUUUGACAUGGUUGAAAAUGUUGAGUUCUGUAUUAAAAUAUGCUUAUGUGCAAUUACUAAUACAUUUUAUCAAAUUUAAACAAUGAAUAUAUAAACUGGCAUGUCAUUGGAAGAAUUUUUUU